AUGUCGACCUCUGCUCGCCGCCGUCUCAUGCGUGACUUUAAGCGUAUGCAAACCGAUCCCCCAGCCGGCGUUUCAGCAUCUCCAGUAGCGGACAAUGUUAUGACUUGGAAUGCCGUGAUCAUUGGACCCGCCGAUACUCCCUUUGAGGACGGAACAUUCCGUCUGGUCAUGCAUUUCGAGGAACAGUACCCAAACAAGCCGCCAGGCGUCAAGUUCAUCAGUCAGAUGUUUCAUCCCAAUGUGUAUGGCACUGGCGAGCUUUGCCUCGAUAUUCUGCAGAACCGUUGGAGCCCAACUUAUGACGUGGCGGCAAUACUCACUAGUAUUCAGAGUCUGCUCAAUGACCCGAACACCUCGUCGCCAGCCAACGUAGAGGCCUCGAACCUCUACAAGGACAAUCGGAAGGAAUACAUCAAGCGCGUGCGUGAAACGGUCGAGAAGAGCUGGGAGGAUUAA